AUGUCGCUCGAGGAGGAAGAGGACUUAACACUUCUCGUCGGUUGUUCCAAUGGCCACUUGCUCCUGUACUCCUGUGGCACCUCCUACAAGGGCCAGGCCGAGCGACUCAGCUUGUCGUUGGUGCUGACCCUGGACAUUUCUGGUCCUUUGCGCAAGGGUCCGUCUGCCGGUUUCGGAUCCUCAGUGAGCAGGUUUUUUGGGAGAGGCUAUGAUCGCAGCCAGACUCCGCCCAAGCGCUCGGGCGACUUGAGCAUCACCGAUGCAACAUCGCUUCCAAGUGCAGACUGCGGAAUUCUGGUUGCUUGUGGAGGAUCUGGAACUGGUGGACCAGGAAGUCUGUUGAGUGCAUGGCAGUCGAGAACCCAGCCCAAGGAGUCCGGCAAUGCCAGCCCCCUUUCAAGGUUUGAUCACAUUGCUUCCGCCACAUCACCGACCAAGAUUUUGCGACUCCUGUUGCUUUCCGGAAGCCAUGCAGGAGGUUCCGGGCAUGUGAUUCUCUCCUUGGACACCUUCGGAGACAUCACCUUGUGGUCAUUGAGGCAAAACUUGUCGCCUUUGAGGGUGCUUCCAGGACGCUGUGCUUUUGAGGUUGCAUCUGCUCGGACAUUUGCAUUGGCAGGGUCUUUGUACAUGGUAGUUGGCACUGGCUCGCGCAGCACUGCAGAGGUUGGUUGGCUGGACGUGGCAGCUAUCCUGGAACUGGGUGGAGGAUGUGGUGCAGACUUGGCCAUUCCAUUUGCAGGUCGCUCCCGGAGUCGACAUCUGACGGCGCCUUUUGUCCCAGGAGCCAGCACCACUCAAAUCACUGGCAACGGCGAAAUUUUCUUUCUAAGUUCAUCUUCAAUCCGCCUGUGCAAGGUCUCAAGCGGUCGAACGUCUACCCUCUUAGUAGCGUCAGAGGUUGAUUGGAAGCCGCUUGGUAUCCUGGACGAGCUGCUCUCGGAGGGUGGCUUUAUCAGCCAUUUGCUCUUGUCCGUGUGUGAGGCGGUCGAUGGCUCUGUGCGGCAUCUUGUGUGGAUGAUUAGUACCGAGGGAGAAGUAGCAGCCCAAAUCCUUGCCGCGGAUGCCUGCUUCACUACUUCUCGGCUGGUUUGGUUGUCUAGGGACGCCGAGGAGACUCGCAUUUGCCAUGCGCCUCUGCCAACUGGUGGUCGGGGCCAAGUGCUGCAACCGACAACUUCGAGAGCUGCAAAUGGCGCUGAAAGAUUGAUUGGGAAUGCUUCUUUUGAUCUUGCGCUGCUUUGGGGAAGCAAACUGCAUGAUGGCCCGCUGUACAUUAGCGAGGCUAAAGGCAUUGCACCUUUGACUGCCUUGCCGAGCUCUGGGCCCAUGGAGCUCGUUGAUUUUCGAUGGGGCGGUCAAUCAGUGCAAGCUGGAGGCUGCAGCCUAGCGUUAGCAGCACCAUUUACAGUUUGGGUAGUUCAUCUGGAACAACAAGCUGAAGGCUGGACAGCACGCUUGCAAUCAUGGCUAGAUCUGCGGGUUGUGUCCUGUGGACGGGUGCUGUCACUGGCCUGGCUGAAAGUUGCAGAUUCAAAAUCUCCAGGGGUUCUCCUGCUGUCAACACCAAACGGUGUCUCUGCAUGGGCAGCGCAGCCUCUGAGUCGUCCCAAGGUGGUGGCGCUGUACGAGCAACCUCAGCUGCUUGUGGCGGCGCUGCUGGACAGGCUAAUUUCAGUCGAACUGCGUGCUGGCGUCAGUCUUCACGCUGGUCCAGACCUGCCAGGAGACGUCCCCUCAGCACUUUCUCCUCGACUAAGAGCUCGCAUCAGGACACGUCCAGUAAGCUUCUUCGAGGCUCUCAGCUCCCUGUGUGGACACGAUGGGCUUUGGAUGAGAGAGGCGCAGUGGCGCUUGGCUCCAGCUGAAAUACCUCAGGAGCUUCCCCGCGAAGUCACUCAGCAGCUUUGGCAGGCAGCCGCCUGUGCUGAGGCACCCCCUCAACUGCGAGAUUCUCCUUCCGCACUCUCUCUGAUUGCUGCCUCUGUAGGUGAGGAGUUCCGGGCUAUGGCGGCAAUCGUCAAUGGCCUGAGCUCUCGAAAAGGCCGGCAAGAUGAUUCGACCUUGACAGCCCGCCUCGUGUCGCAGGUGGACAAUUCAGUGCACAGCCUCCGGAGCAACCCGGCUCGGAUGACCAUGCUGGGCUGCGCCUCUGUACUUCUAGUCAGCUGCUGUCGGUCUGCAGGAGGAGGAAGUGUGGAAGCUUUAGCGAUUUCGAGCAGCAUUCUUAGCAAGCAUGACUUGUUGCCACUUGGCAGCGUCCUGGCCUACAUCCAGCAGUUCCUGGCACAGGUUCCUGCGCAAGUAUGCCCAUUGCUGGGCUCCAGAUUGCGGCAGAUGGAGGCCUUAAACUUUCACUGGUCGGAUGCCUUUAGUGCCCCUGCUCCGCUUGCUGAAGCACUGCUCCAGGAGGUCCUGAAGCAGAAACCCGUCCGUGCAGAGACCAAAGAUCUCUCUUCAGCUGCAUUGCUGCAACAGCCCUUUGCUGACACUCCUUCGUUCCGCAAACCACAGCAGGUUGUUCAGCCAGGUGGGCAUCAGGUGUGCCAGCUUCACACAGCCACCUUGAUGCAAUGGUUGGGCCUGGGUUCCACUCAGGUGCAGGUGCGUGCUUUCAAGGCGAUACAACAUGAAGCCGAAGAGAGCCCUAGCAGCCAUGAAGAGAGCCCUAGUCAGCAAGACAGAAGGGAUCCUGCAGUUCUUGCCAAUGGUCUCUUGAUCUACUGGCGCUGUUCAGAUGGCGAAGGUGCACAAGUUAGGGACAGCGCUGGUUGUGGUCGAUCGGGUGCUUUGCGUUCCGGAUCCUGGCGUGGACCACUUGCUCCUGACGAUCCUAUGGAGCCGACAGAUGAGUGGGGACAGGCGUUGUCGCCCAAUUUUGCAGUGCGCUUGAAAAAUGGUGAGUCGCGCGCUCAAACAGUUCAUCUGGCAUCAGCCUGUUUGGUAGGAUUUUGCAAAGGUGGCUUGAUUUGCGGAGAGUUCGCUGCCAAGAGAUGA